AUGCCAAGAGGCACCUCGCUCGGCCUCAAGACGGUCCAGUGGCUCAUCCGCUCCGUCCAGCUCCUCUGCGCCGUCAUCAUCCUCGGCAUCUAUUCCUACUUUCUCGCCGCCCUGUCCAACCACAACCUCGCCACGCCGACCAACGUCCGCGCCGUCGAGGGCAUCGUGGGCAUCGCCGUCGCCUACGCGCUCCUGGGCCUCCUCCUCCUCUGCUGCCUCGCCGGCCGCACCCUGACGGCCUUUGUCGCCAUGUGCAUCGACUUUGCCCUUCUCUCCGCCUACAUCUUCGUCGCCGUGGCCAACAAGGGCGGCGCGGGGAGCUGCAGCGGCGACGAGGUCAGCACCGUCUUUGGAAAAGGCAAGGCCGACGACACGCUGAAUGCCGGCGGCGGCUUCACCAAGAUCCCGAGCUACCGCACGGCGUGCAAGCUCGAGACGGCCUGUCUGGCCAUUGCCAUUAUCGCCAUCUUCUUCUACAUCUUUUCCAUCCUUGUCGAGCUCGCCCUCGGCCGCCACCACCAGCGCGAGAAGCGCCUCGCCAACUCGCCGCCCCAGAUGCAGAUGCCCUACGCCGAGAACCCCUACAACAACUACCAGCCCGCCAUGGGCGGCGCCUACGAGCCGGAGUCGCAGCAGAGCCGUCCGACCGGCUUCCUCGGCCGCGUCUUUGGUGGCCGUCGCAGCCGCGGGCAGCAGGCCGUGCCGCAGCACGACGACCCCAACAACCUCCCCGCGCACGCCCAGCCCAUCGACAUGGCCAACAGCAACAACCGCGACUCGGAAGCUACCGCCGUCGGCCACGAGCAGCAGCCGCCGUACAACAACCCCAUUGAGGCUCCGGCGACCUACACCUACACUCAAGCCGGCAACCCGUACACCCACGCCACGGGUGACUCGUACACACAUGCUGGCGACCACUAUGGCCACGCGGGUGACGAUUACUACCAGCAACACCACAGAAACGCCGGCGCGCACAAUGCAAACACCACAUCCACGCUGCCGUACCCGGCGGAUAACCCGUACGACAGCCCGCACGAGCCGCACCGCACGGAGCCGCCGUCGCAUCUCACGAUGCCGCCUCGCUAUCCGGCCCAGAGCCAUCAUUAUGAUGACGGCAUCUAUGACCGCCCAUGA